GAGGAUAAUCCCAGAACGGUUCGGCAGGUUCCAGGAAGACAUUGUAGGAUCUCUCGCGUCUCUCAAGUUCAAUUCACUACUUUGUAGACUGGAAUUGUGGGUGGGAGUCUGGUUCUCGCAUUCUUGUGAAUGCUACCCUGUUAUGGGAUCCUGGGACUAAGUGGGGUGGCUGCCAAUGUCUGGUAGCAGUAGAAAAUGCCUCCUACUGUUGGAAAAAUGUAAGAACAUAAAGCAGCUUAAGCAAACCCAUGCACAGAUAAUCACAUCUGGACUUGGGAACAACAACUUUGCUCUCAGUAGGAUUUUGGCCUUCUGCUCUAACCCACAUCAUGGGAGCUUAAGUCAUGCUUGGCAGCUCUUUGACCUAAUUGAACAACCUACCAUGUGCAUCUGCAACACUAUGAUCAAAGCCUUCCUACACAAAGGAGAUCUGAUUAAGACUAUAGAAAUGUACAUUAGAAUGUUGCAAAAUGGGUUAUACCCUGAUAAUUAUACUCUUCCUUAUGUGUUGAAGGCUUGUGCAAACUUGCAAGACAGUCGUUUAGGUGAGCAAAUCCAUGGAAGCAGUGUGAAAUUGGGUUUUCUUUUAGAUGUUUUUGUUGGGAAUACUUUGAUUCUAAUGUAUUCAAACUGCGGUAAUAUGGAGUCUGCAAGACUCGUAUUUGAUGAAAUCCCUUGGCAAGAUGCAGUGGCAUGGACAGUUUUAAUUUCUGGGUAUGCGAAACGGGGUGAUGUUGAUACUGCAAGGCUUCUCUUUGAUGAAGCAUCGAUUAAGGAUAGAGGGGUUUGGGGGUCUAUUAUCUCUGGGUAUGUGCAGAACAAUUGUUUCAAGGAAGGAUUACAGAUGUUCCGUCUGAUGCAAUCUACAGAUUUGGAGCCUGAUGAAGCCAUUUUUGCUAGUGUUCUUUCUGCUUGUGCUCAUUUAGGAGCUCUGGAUAUUGGGAUAUGGAUUCACAGAUACGUGAAUCUAAUUGGCAUUCCAUUGGGUGUUCGUUUGAACACGGCUCUCAUAGAUAUGUAUGCGAAAUGUGGAAAUUUAAGUUUAGCUAGGAAAUUGUUUGACAGAAUGCAGCAGAGAGAUCUUAUUUGUUGGAAUGCCAUGGUUUCAGGAGUCGCAAUGCAGGGAGAUGGAGAGACUAUAUUCAAAUUAUUCUCAGAGAUGGAGAAGGUUGGUUUCAGGCCAGAUGACAUUACCUUCCUUGCUGUUUUAACUGGUUGUAGCUAUUCAGGCAUGGUAGUUGAAGGUCUGCAGAUGUUUAAUAGCAUGAGUGAAGUGUAUGGCAUUGAGCCCAAAGGUGAGCACUUGGGUUGUGUAGUUGAUCUUCUAGGCCGAGCUGGGCUUUUCAAAGAAGCAAAGGAAAUCGUUCAAAAAAUACCCAAUACAAGCAGUGCUUCUGAAAAGGCAAUUGCUUGGAGGGCAUUGCUGAAUGCGUGUUGUCAUCACAGAGAAACCCAAUUGGCUGAGUUUGCAGCAGAGCAACUUAUGUGGUUAGAACGUCACAGUGGGGCUUAUAUUUUACUCUCAAAUAUGUAUGCAGCUUCUGGGAAAUACGAAGAUGCCAAAAGAAUAAGGAAGAUGAUGGAGAAAAAGGGGGUAGAGAAGACCCCAGGUUGCAGCUCAAUCGAGAUUAAUGGAUUUGUUCACGAGUUUGUUGCAGGUGAGAAGACACAUUUGCGUAUGGAGGAGAUACAUGAGCUCUUGGAGAAGAUGAACAAGCAUCUUGACGGUUGAGAGAGUAGACUACACAGACCAAAUUUGCCUGAGGAGUGAGGAGGAAAGGCACUGUAAGUUUCUGCUGGGGUGUUGAAUACUCACUACUCAAGUUCUUUGAAUAUCAUAUUCUAAUAUUCAUUGUUUGAAGGUAUGCAUGCAUGCUUGUAUGACCCAUGUCUUCUGGAUAUCUGCUUCUUCAACUGCGACUUUAAUGUUAUCCUGUUUGCUUGUUGAAGAUUGCUGAGUUGAAGU